CCGCCAUUUGUCAUAUUUGUAUUAAAACUUUUACUGCCACUUUAGGCCCAUUUUUACAUAUUUACCAUUUUUGUAAAUAAAAUUUACCAAGAUGAUGGAAGGAAUGAAUCAGAUGGGACAAGAAGAGUACGUUUGGGCAAUGCGUUCAAGCUUGUACAGGGAGUCCGACUCGGAACUUUGGAAAGAACGACGUUCAGAGGGAUCACGUUCGGUGUUAAACGAAAUUGGAGUGAAAAAGUCCAAAAGUUCAGCCAAUACCGUCGAUUACCAAACAAAAGUUAUGGCAUCCUUGGUUCCAGACGAAGUUAUCUACAAUGUGGAAGACUACAAUCACAGACAAUACGACGCUUGUUUUCUGUUUGGUGAUGUUUCUGGAUUUACUGAAUUGUGCGAAAAAUACACUAAAACUGGAGUUUCGGGGCCUUCGAGAAUGACCCAAGUACUGAACAAGUACUUGGGUUCCAUGGUGCAAGAAGUACUGUCUCAUGAUGGUGACGUUCUAAAAUUUUCGGGAGACGCCUUUUUAGCCAUGUUCAAAAUAGACGAAGAUUCAAACAUGCGCGAUGCUGUCCAUCAAGCUUUGGAUUGUGCUCUCGUUAUCCAGAAAAAUUACGGGUCGUACCUGACAGAUGUCAACGUCGUGAUUCGAGUGAAACUAGCAAUAUCUGCCGGUCUUGUGACUUUCGCCCUCAUUGGAACCAAGUCUCUGGCUCACUACGUCGUGGUAGGAAAACCCAUAUGGGAUGUGAAAGCCGCGGAACACAUAAGCAGUGCUGGAGACAUAAUAGUGGCUCCAGCAGCUUGGUAUUAUGUAUCCGCUGCAGAGUACAUUUUCAACGAAAUGCCAGACAGCGUCCACAUCAAACUCGUCGGGAUAGGUCCAAACUGGCGCCGAGUUGAAAGAAACGUACGCCAGCAAAAACAACACGAAACUGACGAGGGUAGCGUAGACGCUCUAUCUCUUAAUCUUAGCGAAGAUGAAGAGCAAGAUUGGACAGCGGGAGCGGUUACAGAGGAUUUUUCUUUGAGACCCGCUGUAAAUUUUGCCGUCAGGAACAAGAUUAAAGAAAACUUGAGAAGAUUUAUCAUAGCACCAGUGAUGAAGAGCAUCGAUAUGCAAGAACCGUUCGAGUAUUUAACGGAAAUGAGACAAACCGUUAUUGUUUUCAUUAAUGUGGUUUCGCAUACGAUUGAAACAAAAGAAACGGUUAUUUUGGCUGAUCAAACGUACAAGAUUGUGUGCCGGGUUGUUGAAAAAAUGAAAGGUUGUGUCAAUAAGGUGUCCCUCUUUGAUAAGGACCUAAUGUUUGUGGUCAUUUUUGGCUUAAGAGGGUUAAAGUAUGAACUUGAAUGUCAAGUGGCACUGCGUUGUGCAAGGGAAUGUCAUCAGACCAUCAGUAAACUUCCGAGUGUUUUGUCAGCUUCCAUAGGAGUCACUACAGGCAAAACGUAUUGUGGGGUCUUCGGUCACAGUCUUCGCAGAGAAUAUACUGUAAUUAGCCUUAUAGUAAACAAAGCAGCUCGAUUAAUGGUUGCUUACAAAGGCAAGGUCACUUGUGACAGAGAGACCUUCCUACACAGCAAGCUAGAAUCAAGGCAUUUCAUAUUACAAGAACACAAGCCGCUAAAAGGAAUAUCUCAUCCCGGACCGGUUUACGAAUUUAGAGAAGCAGAAGAGGACCACGGGGAGCGUCACAAAAUUAACGCACGACCCCUCCUGGGACGGGAAGAAAAACUCGAAAUCUACAAGAACCUGAUACAAAAAUAUUUGUCGGCUAAAAACAUACGCGAACAACAGUAUAAAAUGUUGUUGAUCAAAGGCGAGGCGCGUCAAGGUAAAACUCGACUUUUGGAUGAAAUUGUUUACAUAACACCAGAAGAAAUACCAGUUAUUAGAUUUUCCUUAACAACGAAAGAUCAGAAGAUACCAUAUCAAGCUAUCAGAUUAAUUUUCUCCUCUACUUUAUCAUUGAACAAAGACUCGUCUAUUAAAGAAAAAGAACAGCAGCUUCUAAAAAGGUUGAGGCAAAUUCAGGUUCCAGAUUUACUUUGUACUUUGAAUGCCGUAUUUGGGGUGCGAUUUAAAAAUUCGUCGCUAUUUCUGUCGUUAGCGCAAUCAACAAGGACGGUUACUUUGAUGAAGAUGAUCAAACAAUUGGCUUAUGCGUGCUUUGUGAGGCAGUAUGUACUUGCUAUCGACAACUUCGACUAUAUAGAUAAAGAAUCAUGGCAAAUUUUCAAUGCUUUUUUUGAUAUUAAAAACAUUUUCAUUGUUGGAACACUGUGUUACAAGAAAAUUGAUUCUGAUUAUUGCGAAAAGGUACUGAGUGAAGAUCCUCGGGUCAAAACCAUUAUUCUAGACCCAAUCGAGAAGUGGUACCUGGGAGCCCUAGCUUGUCAAAUUUUGGACGUUUAUGCUAUAUCUCCAGAAUUAGAAAAUGUCAUUCAAAUUAGAAGUAAUGGAAACCCGGGAUGGAUUGAGAGUUUUUUGAUAAGUUUGUUUCAAGACGAAGGAGUGUAUAUUCUUAAAGCAUCUAUGAGGGAUAUUAAUGAUCUUGGACUGGUAGCUCCGCCGCUAUAUCUGAUGGCAAGACUAACUCAAGAAGAUGCGUUUCAGUGGCAACAUAUAAUGGAAGAAAAGAGACGACUUAUAACGACUGAAACAGAACAACACUGGCAGAAAUACAUAGACAGUUGCAGAGAUAGUUACAUGAAUAUUACAAUCAGAGAAUUGUUAGAAUCGAUAAUAACAGGUGGCAAAGUACCAAUUGGUGUGAUAUCGCCUAAUUUUCACGUGGGAGACGAAGAAGCAGAACUGUCCAUGGACGCCAUGAUUAUGAAAACUUUUGAUUCCUUGAAUUUCUUUGAACAAUUAGUCGUCAAAUGUAGCGCCAUUUUGGGAAUCCAGUUUCUCAGAGACAUGAUGGUGUAUGUUAUGAAUGGAACGGACAAAAAGAAAACGGCUUUAGCCGUCAAAAAAUUAUUCGAAAUACGCGUGUUAACGUGUGCGAAAGGAGACUUUCUUGAUGAAAAUGCAAGUUUUUUUAAAAUAAAAGAGGAGGAACCCUCAGACGAAAAUAUCAUAGAAUGCAGAUGCAAAGGCAUUAAAAUCCCUGAGUGCUGCCUAGAUCUUCCAAGAUAUGCCUCUUGCGGUUAUUUGCAAUUUAAAUCGACCCAAUUCCGUGACAUUACCUACAAUUUGCUUACCGAUAAGCAAAAGAAAGAGUUUCAUCAACGCGCUAUAAGAUAUUUGGAACGAGAAACUCGGAAGUGUAAAGCGUGCGGACAAGGAUUUUUCGAGAGGAUUUUGGAAAACAAAGAGGAUAGGGACUUUGUAAUUGCGAAGAGAAAAUUUAAAAAGAGGGAUGGAGAAAUGUUUGAAGAUAUGGAUACUUUAAGUCGUCGUACUUCUUCACACAGUAUAUCGACAGUAUUCUCAUCUAGUAGUUCUAAAUUCAAGAAAAGUGAAGAUGGAAAAUCUAUCGGCUCUUUGAUCAGUGGUCAACCUACAAUAGACAGAGGACACAAACCUUUUGAUUCUGCUUUCGGAUUUAGAGUUAUAAACAAGUUAAAAGAGAGUUUUUCGUUAACACGGGGAUUUUCUUCAGAAGAUUUCACUGAUUGCCAGUGCUUACUGAUUUUAAGUACCACUUAUUUACAACUAAUAGAACAUUGCACAGGUGCAGGUGACUUACCAAAAUUAACUGAUGCAAUGAUAGAGUAUUCGUACAUCAGUAUUACGUUGUGUAAUAUUCCCUUAGCUUUGCGAACUCUAGACGAGGCACUACAGACUGUGAAGAAAAGGGCUAAAUUAAAAACAGAGGGCGAUUUGUGGAAGUUGUCCUUAAUUCGUGGCAAAAUAUAUACUCUUCUGGGUUAUGCAAGAAUAGAGAUGGGUCAGCUUGACGAAGCUUUCUCUAAUCUUUGUAAAUCGCUAUUCGAAUACAACACAAGUUAUCCAACGUCGAGCACUACUAAAAACAUGAAAACGUGUUUGUACGUGUUUAAACAAUUGUUUGGAUUUUAUGUAUUUCCUAACACUUUGACGAAACAUCUGGAUUACUGGGAAGUUGUUUAUUCCAACAAUCUCGCUGAAUGUUUGACACAGCUCUCCAAUUUAUACAUAAUAAAAAAUGAGUGGAAAAAUGCAAAAUUAGCUGCAUCUUGGGCAUUAUGCAAAGCAGUGGCAGCUUUUAGCAACUUUCAGCUUAUCACUAUUACUUGUGCCAAUAUGCUCCAUGUCGCCCACCGUCUGAAGAUGUGGAGACUAUGCAUUGCAUUAGAAGUACACGCUUUGAGAAUGUGUCAUAUGAAAAAAGACACAGUCGACGCUGAAGACCUCAAGUGUGUAGCUAGAUUAUAUAGCACAAUUUUUUUUUCGAGAAUGCUGCGUUCAACUACGGAAAGAGCCAUACACAUGGGUUACACUGUCUUAAGACUGUGUACUGCGAUUCGUGCAGUGAACAUAAUUCUCCCUUUACUGCCCCUUUUCUUCCACGCUCUCUUAUUAGGAAAACAUUUCAGCAACGUGUUGUCUAUUUUGCAAGAACUGGAAUAUUUCGCCACGGAGGACUCGGACAGCUCUGGAAAAGUUUGGUAUCUUGCUUUGUGCGUCGUCGUCCACCUAGAAACAGGAUUUACAGUAAUACCUUAUCACUCGUGCAUGGAACAGUAUCAGGUAGAAGGGGAUCGUUGGGUGACGAUUAGGGACCCCGAUGCUAGAAAAAGGUUCUUCACUGUGAUGUGGCUUUGGUGUAUCAGGAACGAAAAAUGGGAAGAAGCGGCAGUGUGGUGUCUAAAAACCAACGAUUUUACGAUCAUUAAAGAAAACGACACUUUAGCUAACAAAUUCACAGCUCUGUAUUUGCUAGAAGGGAUGAUUUUAUUUUUGGUAUCGAAAUUGGACAAGCGGAACAUUAAAGCAGUCAUGGGAGCGGAAAAAGAAAUCGAGCAUUUAAUUUCAGCGCUGGACAAAGCUUCCAAAACUGCCCAAAUCAUUUUACCGAGGUUUCAUCACUUGAAAGCGUACUACAAAUUUGUGAAAAAUUUCGAUGUCAAACUGGACCCGUUAUUGAAAAAGGCACAAAAAUUCGCUGCAAAAUAUAAAAAUGACUUGGAAGCAUCUUGGCUUGAACACACAUCGAAAGCGUGGAAGAGACAAUUACCAAAUAUAGUAGUCGACUUUUGGAAAGAGCAUUCAGAAGCGGAUAACGUGCUUGAUUUCCAAGAGAUCGAAUCUGAGGAUAAAAUAGGAUUUUUCACUCUACCAGCACCUCUGUAUGUUUAGAACAUAAUUAAACAAGUAUUGAGAAA